AUGAAAUCAUUAACGAUUAUUUCGGCUGCAAUAUUAAUGUAUAUGACUGAAGCUAAUAACCACUGUCGUCGUUAUCAUUCUUGCAUUACUGGUGCUAGAAACGACUACGAGCAAUGUGUUGGAGGAGCUGUGGCUGCAAUAAUUGCUGAUAGCGGUAAUACAGACGCCAUCAAUUUUUGGUUUAGGCGAUUAGAACGAGUGGGUAGAUGUGAAACUCGACUUUCGCGAGAAGUUGCAGAUUAUCGGUUCGCUCAACAACAAGAAGAUGCAGCUAUCCUCAAAUGUACUGAUAUUUUUGCUGUACAUCCAUCCUUCAAAGACAUAAGUUAUAUAAAAAAAAUCGCAUGUGCUGGGAUGUCAACUUCAUGGGAUCUAAAGAAUCUGAUUGAUGAUAUCAUGGUGAAGCCUAGCCAAUGUCGAGAACUUUAUGACUUACAGAUUCAGCGAUGCUCAUUUUUGCUUAGUUGUUGUCCCAUCUAUUCAAUGUGCAUGGCAUCAGUGUCGCUAAAUUUUACUAUUCACAGUAAGGUAAUGAAUCUAAAAAAGAAGAUUGCUGAUGCUGCAAAGCAAUGUCUUGCUCUAAAUUCCGCUAUUUUGAAUGAAGCAGAAAUGCAUGACUGUGUAUUAGUUCAAGCAUCAAACAAUAAAAGGAAUAAAUCCAGCGAUUGCGGAAUGAAUAACUCAAAAGUGGCCAUAAACCCGCAAAUAAAGUUUUUUAAUAUCUCAGAUUCAGAUAACGAUAAUGUAGAAGAAAUGGGCGCAUCUGUAUACUUAAUUACAAGACCAACAUUAAUUUCUCUUUCGUCCGGGAGUCUGACACAAGCUGAAUUGUACAAAAGACAUGAUUUAAAAAAAAAUGAGGAGAUGUUUCCUGUAAUGACAAUAUCAGGAAUAGAAUGUCGUAAUUCAGAAUUAGAUGCAACUGGAUCUUUUUCGUAUGGCGCAAACACAGGAUUUGCGCGAAAUGAGAAGCAAACAAUUACCACAGAACCUGAAAACAAAAAAAGUUUAUCAGAUCUUGAGAGAAAUCUGAACAAUGGUGCAGGAACAUAUAUUGAGGCACUCUCGAAACCAAUUCACUAUCCAACUGAAGUAAUGAUUAAAGCAGCAAUUACAACAUCCACUGAAGUUUUGAAAAAGGAGUAUUUGCUGUCCACGACAUCUGUAGCUACUUCAUUACAGUUGAUGCCAGAAUUCCCCAAAAUGAAUUUAACGGAUGUUGCUAAGCAAUCGGUUCUUAAUAAAGCAUCAUCAACCAAUUUUGUAUCCCAAUCAAAUACUAAAGAAGUAAAAAGCAUGAGAAGACUUUUUUCAGAACCGCAGCUAACAAUGAAACUCUUACUAAAAUCAGGAACAACACCUACACCUGCCGAAAGACUGUCUGCAACUUCUGAAUCUAGUUUUGCCUCAUCUUACACUGUAUCAGAUAAAGUACCAGCUACUCCUAUUAGUUCACUCAAAGACAACUCAUAUCUAGCAUCAAGAAUCACAGCAAUAAGUUCAUCAAGAGCAGUAUCUUUAAGUAAUCCGAAAUUAAAUGCUGAAGACAAAAAUAUAAUACAGUCAGCAUUAUCGCUUAUCAAAAAAAAGGAAGAGCAAUAUACUUUGCUAUCACAGCAUGCCGCAUUAGAAGAGAGGAAAGAAGUUCCGGAAAAAAAAUACACACAACGGAUUAGCGCCUCAAGUAAAAAUGAUCACAUUUCACAGACCGCAGUACUUCUAUCAAAUGACACCUCAUUAUUAACAGAUUUUGAAUCCGAAUCAUUAACUUCAGCACAAGUAACAAAAUCAUCAAAAUUUAGUCUCCAAGAUACUACACCGAUAAUUCCUUCAACGACAAAAAUUACUGAAGACAAAAAACCUGAUAUAUCAGGCAAAAUUAGCUUAAAUGAAAUUCUUUCACCGAAAAUUUUUGCAAUUCUCUUCCCGAAAUUAAAAAAUGUAUCAGCUAUUUCGAUUGAAGAAACCGAAUUAACAACUGUUCCAUACAAUCCAUCAGUUAAUGAAAGUGAAGUAUCAAAGGAAUUAUGGAAUAAAGUGAAUGAAAAGGAUGCAUCGCAAUUCUCUGCCGUGGAUUUGGUACAUUUGACUGAGAGACAAAGUUUAUCUUUUUGCGAAAAUUUACUGGCUUGUGAGGAGAAGUCGAAGCAAAAAGAACUAGAGUGCCAACGACAAAAUGUGUUUCCAAACUUGAUGUCUGAAAGUAAAAUGGGAUUAUCUAACAUGUCAGUACAGGCUGAACUAAUGAUUAAUUCUGUUUUGACUGGAGCAACAGAAGCUGUCUCCAAGGCUUGCAUGAGACCAAUAACAAGUAUCAUUUUGCAGCAGCUUGCUGAGCUUCUUGAUGAAAUGAAAUCAAGGCUGAAAUCGUGUACGUAUCGAGCUGCUUCUACUCGGAAUCUGAUUCCUAUUCAUGAUAAAGUCAUCUGUGAAACGUUGAUGUUAAAUACCUUUGUGGAGAUUGAGAAUGGUAGCAAUCAAGAUAACUUUGUUCAUCUGAUAACACGGCAAAAUGCUAAUGAUUAUUGCAUUGCUAGAACAGCUCCAAUUAAAGAACAAUGUGCGAUGAUGAAGCAGUGUUGUCCAAGUCAUGAUGAAUGUUCAGAUUUGAUGACACACACGAGUACGGCAAAACAAUACAAUGAAAUAUUAGAUCGUACAAAGCAGAUACAAAAUGACUGCGAGAGAAAGAUAAUGGCAAUAUUACACUCGCUCCAUUCCGACAUUGUUCUUUUAAGUUCCCAUGAGUAA